UGGAAAGUUUUAACUUUUUUGCAGCGUCAUUAUUUUCAGUGAUUUGGGUCGACAUAUUUUAGUGAGUUUGAUUCAAGUUUUACCAUUUCGCGAAAUGGGUCGAAGUCAUAAGUCUGACCAUCACUAUCAUGAUGGUGAUAAAGAUCAUUAUGUCAAGUACCGUUCCAUAGUGAGCAGUAUAAGUUUCGACAUAGAUAAAUCAGACCUGAAUUUAACGACCAAAAAUAAGUGGACUCAUGUUGGGGAGAACAUAUUGCGUCUACCAGCAAUAAGAAAGAAAUUUUCACUUGUGAGCAAAGUAACUAUAGCUGGUAGAGAUUGUGGCAUUCACAGCGUUGCUAUUUCUCCAAAAGGAAGAGUUGUCGCCAUUGGUCUCGAUACAGGAGAAGUUCAACUCCGGAGAUUGUCUGUUAUAACGCAGAGUGAUAUAUCGAUAUGUCUUCGAAAACCAAAAAAAGGUACACAUAUGAACACAGCAGUCACUUGCGUUCGAUUUAUGCCCAACAUGGAAAAUGUCCUCCUCAGUUCUGAUCUCUCUGGUCAUAUAGACAUGAUACAUACGGACAAGAAAUGCAAACACACUUUGGCCAAAGAACAUGAUAAUCAGAUCAAUUCGAUAGAUGUUAAUUCAGCAGCAACUAGAAUUGUCAGUGGGGGUAAAGAUGCUCUAUUAAGGGUUUAUGACGCUUAUACCGGAAAAAUUGUAUCUUCCACUGAACCAUUCUGGAAAAGAAAUUUCGACUGUGAUGACAGCAAGUACCACAAAUUCAGGAUAUACUGCAUCAAAUUUGACCCAGAAAACAGCAAUAUAUUUUUUUCCGGAGGACUAGACGGUUACGUUAAGAUGUGGGACCUAAGAGAACCCUCAAAAAGUGUGAGAACAAUGAGAGGUCCAUAUAUCCGUGGAGAUGCUAUGGAUUUAUGGGGAAAUGUUCUUCUAACUGGAUCCUGGAGGGUUUCUAAAAGUAUGGAUUUGUGGGACACAACAAGCGGCCAACUCAUAGAAAAUCUGGUUCCGUCCAACAGAGCCUCUAGCUUGGAUGGAGAAUUUUACGAAUGCGUUAGGUUCUUCAAUGGCGGAAAAGAUGGUUCUGUGAUUCUUUGUGGAGGCGGCGGAACUGGAAGAUUCGAAGUUUACAAUUUGUUGGAGAGAAGAAUGGAUUUUGGGGUGAUAGUUCAGGAUACUGUGAAGACCAUCGAUAGUACGCUAUCGAGCAUAGUGUGCGCUGGACUGGAUGGUAUAUGUAGGGUUGUUAGAUACAACAGAAUCGAAGAUAAAGAAUAACACCUCGAAUGUAAAAAAAAGAAUAGACAAUGAAUUUAA